AUGGUUUCUGCACCGCCAGGUAGAUCAGCCACAGUGACUAGCUUGAGUGGCCGUGUCAAUGCGUUGAAGUUUAUGCAACGUGCUUCUCCCUCUUCCACCCCUACUAAAGCCUCAAAUUCCACCGCAUCCAACACGGCAGCUUCUACGUCACAUACACCUCUCGCUUCUCCUUCCCUAGCCGCUUCUGCAUCGGGAUCAUCAGCGCCAUUUGGCGCCACUGAAGGGGCAAUAGAGGAACAGUGGAGUUUGUCUCCUGCUGCGAUAGCGAGGCUUCGUGCAAAAGCAACUGGAAGUAAGGAGAAGAAGAAAGAGACUACGGGGCCAGAAAUCUCCCAGCAGGCUGGGUUUGACGCUUGGCUCAUUACUCGUGAUCAACCUGCUUCGGCCGCUGGGAAAGGGAAUAGUAGGCAGACCUUUGGCAAACUCGGCAAGAACAAAGAAGAAGAUCCAGACGACACAGAGCCAGGUUCAUCGAAGAAGAGAUCGAGGACAGACGAAGGAGAAGGAAUAGAACCGGACUUUGAUUCAGCUUCCAACUCUUCCGAAGCAGACGAGCUUAAAGGUUUCGUCAAACCUGGUACGCUUCAAGGUGCGCGUAAGCAACAGAGACAAUCAAGUCCAUCUUCGGCAAAGCAAGCGAGGAGUGGAGGGAAGAAAGAUCAGGAUAAAGUAGUGUUUGCUAGGAAGCGUGGUGGGAAAGCUGGCAUCUCUGUGCUCUGGCGCAAACAGCCGUUUCCGGACAACCAUGUGCCGGCGUCAUUCCUUGCUGAUCUUCGGACCAACUCUCAAAUCAUCCUCCCGAGCCUCGGAGAGCUAAUGAUAGCAUCGUUGCGGCUUUCAGCAAGGUUCUUAAGCGUAGUGCUAUUCGCGUUGCUGUUUGUGCAUCUGCAUCUAGGAACGCUGGAUUCGGAAAUGUUGUUGCUGGUUAUUCUCAGCGUUUCGCUGCUUUCCGCUCUGCUUUCCUCCCUGCUGGAGAAAGGGAAGAAUGAAGACAGAGAGGGAAGAGGAGGAAGGAGCAAAACAGUCAGCACAGCCCUAACCAAACUCAUCAUGGGCCUCGUCCUUCUUGCAGUCUCGCCGGUCCUCCGAACGCUCACCGAAUCAACCACCUCAGAUAGCAUAUGGGCUUUAUCCACAGUCCUAUUCUUUCUGCACCUCGCAUUGGCUGACUACACUUCUCCUUCACCUCAACAAGGUGGAAGAAAGUUGUCAGAUACGCUCUCGUUCAACGCUGCUAUUUCCGCUUCUGUUGUGCUUGCUUCUCGGUUGAACUCGAACACGGAGACGUUUACUCUUUUGACGCUGGCUAUCGUGCUUUUCGCCCCCACAAACUCCUCUUCUGCGCCAAAGGGGUCGUGGGGAGGGGUUGGGAGGUUCUCCUUGUUGUAUCUGGUAACGAUGGCUACAACAGCAUCCUUCUUAUUUUUAAAGGUUGGCGAAAAGCGGUGGGUAGUGGUAGUAGUAGCAUGGACGAAUCUUGUCGUGGGAUUCGUAUCGGUCGUCUGUCCAUACUGGAUCAAAUACGCCCAGGGCUGGAAGAUGGAGAUCUUGGGACCUUGGGAUCCUGCUAUACCCAUCCUCUCCUCUUCUCGCACACCUUAG